AAGAAAAAAAGGCCGAGCGUUUUUUCACUGAGUUCCAGGAAGUCCGAAACCGCUACGUUUGCAAAAAAAGAAAGACAAGGAAAGCGGAAUAGUGGCUGGAGAGAGAAAAGAAGAAACAAAUUGUACCCGGUUAACCUUUGAACCGUCUUCCUUUGUCCUCACGAGACGAAGUCACGAGACAAACUCCCGUACACCUUCACGAAUGACAGUCCCGACGAAUCCACACGCUCCGAACAAGGUGAUAAGGAAGACCCACCACACAUCAUGUCCUCCGUCUAUUUCAGCCCGGGGUCAGAUUCAGGUGUAAAUGGAAACGUUGCAAAGAUGGAGGAUGCUAAAGUGGAGAUUGACGAUGGAAAGGAGGAGCUCGUGGUCCCAGACACGACGUAUCACAAUGUCCGGAAGAAGAUUACACCUUUCGUUAUGUCCUUUGGAUUUCGUAUUUUUGGCGUGAUCCUGAUCCUAGUGGACUUUGUGCUGGUCAUUGUGGACUUAUCCCUGCCAGCCAAGAGCAGAGAGGUCGGCAAUGCCUUGGAGGCCGUGUCCCUCACCAUCUCCUUGUUCUUUCUCGCCGACGUUCUCCUGCGGGUCUACGUGGAGGGGUUCAAAGUCUACUUCAGCUCCAAGCUGAACAUCGUAGACGCUGGUGUUGUGGGAGUCACACUGGCGAUCACCAUGAUCUACACCUUCACUGACUUAUCGGGAGCCAGCCUCAUCCCCAGGAUGGUGUCGUUCCUCCGUUUCCUGAGAAUAAUAAUCCUGGUGAGGGUUUUCCGACUGGCCGCUCAGCGCAAAGAGCUGGAGAAGGUCACCAGGAGGAUGGUAUCUGAAAACAAGCGUCGUUAUCAAAAGGAUGGAUUUGACCUUGACCUAACCUAUGUCACAGACCGCGUCAUCGCCAUGUCGUUCCCCUCCUCCGGGAAGCAGUCGUUCUACAGGAAUCCAAUCAAGGAGGUGGCGAGGUUCCUAGACACUAAACACGAAGGCCACUAUAAAGUUUACAACCUUUGCAGUGAGAAAGGCUACGACCCCCAGUUCUUCCACUACAAGGUCGAGCGGGUGUUCAUUGAUGACCACAACGUCCCCUCAUUGGAGGACAUGUUGAAAUUCACCGCCAGUGUGAGGGAGUGGAUGUCUGUUGACCCCAAAAACAUCAUCGCCAUUCACUGCAAAGGAGGGAAAGGUCGCACAGGUACUCUGGUGUGCACCUGGUUUAUUGACAGUGACCAGUUUGAGAGUGCAAAAGACAGUCUGGAGUAUUUUGGUGAGAGGAGGACGGACAAGAGUCAGAGCUCCAAGUUUCAGGGAGUGGAGACGCCCUCUCAGAGCCGGUACGUGGGCUACUACGAGACCAUGAAGACCAAGUUCAACAGGCAGCUGCCUCCACCUAAAAGGCUCGUGAUCAAGAGCAUCCGCAUCCACUCCAUCGGAGGUGUGGGUAAAGGUGACGGCAGCGAUCUCAAGGUCAAGAUAUAUGUGAAGAAAGAGCUGCUAUUUCAAUGUGUGUGUGCCAAACGGGAAAACUGCACAGUAUUUCCUGAUGUGGGCAGUAAUGCAACAGUCAUCAGCCUGCUGAACGGGCCUGUGGUUGAAGGGGAUGUGAAGGUCAUGUUUGAAUCCAGUGCUGGUCUUCCGAAAGGAUACGAAGACGUUCCGUUCUACUUCUGGUUCAAUACGUCUUUCAUAGAGGACAACAGGCUGUUUCUUCCCAGAGACGAGCUGGACAACCCACACAAGCCCAAGAUGUGGAACCUGUACAAGGAGGACUUUGGCGUCACUAUGCUCUUCUCAGAACCGUAAUAAAAGGACGAAAAGGAUUAAAUGACUCGUUACAGUCGUACUUGUAAAUUGGUAGAUUGAACACUAACUAAAGAAAUGAAGAGUUCAAAGAGGCCUGAGAUGUUCAAAUGUUGCGAGAGCUCCAGGUUCUCGAGUCCUCCACUCAAUCAAAUCUUGCAGUGUUGCUCUGAUUCGAGCCGUGGCACUUCAACUGGAGUGUAUAAUAAUGGAGGGGCGUGGGGUUGGAUUACCAUCACAUGUACCAGGGAAUCUGUUUGUGUGGCGACUAUUUUGGGCGUCCUAAAAUAAACACGAAUUUGCAGAGA